AUGACCCAGGUCAUGCCCGAGGGAGGAAAGGAGGACCAGUUGUCUUUCACGGACCGCAAGGGUGGCCGCCAAAAGCAGAGGAACCUGCGCAAGCCCAGGACCACAAAUGUCCAGCUCAGGGGGCUCAUCAAGUACUUCACUUCCUGCAGAGGCGCUCGCCCUUGUGCCUUCAACAAGGUCAUCCUCAAGAGGCUCUGCCAAUCCAGGACCACCCGUUGCCCAUCUCACUGUCCAGGAUCGUCAAGAAUCUGGGUGCCAAGCCUUGAGCGCACUGCCGUCGUGGUCGGCACCGUCACUAACGACCUGCGCCUGCUCGAGCUGCCCAAGCUGCGGGUCUGCGCGCUGCGGUUCACUACUCAGGCGCCGAGCCCGGAUCACCAAGGCCGGCGGCAAGUGUGUCACCUUCGACCAGCUGGCCCUGUCGAGAUCCGAACGGCAAGGACCACGUGCCUGAUGCGAGGCCCCCGUUUCCGCGAGGCGAAGCGGCACUUCGGGCUGGCGCCCGGGCAGAAAGGCAGCACGACUGCGCCGUACGUUCGGGCCAAGAGCCGCAAGUUCGAGCAAGGCCGUGGCACCCAUUGA